AUGAAGCUGAAGUUAUCUCUUUUAAAAGAACCAAAACAUCAAGAAUUAGUAAGCUGUGUUGGCUGGACUACUGCUGAAGAGCUGUAUUCAUGUAGUGAUGAUCACCAGAUAGUGAAGUGGAACUUGUUAACCGGUGAAACAAGUCAAAUAGUAAAGCUUCCUGAUGAUAUUUACCCGAUAGAUCUGCACUGGUUUCCGAAAAGUCUAGGCAUAAAGAAACAGACUCAAGCGGAAAGCUUUGUCCUCACAAGUUCUGAUGGUAAAUUUCAUCUGAUUUCCAAGUUAGGAAGAGUGGAAAAAAGUGUUGAAGCUCACUGUGGAGCAAUACUUGCAGGAAGAUGGAAUUAUGAAGGAACAGCAUUGGUUACAGUUGGAGAAGAUGGACAAAUAAAAAUCUGGUCAAAGACUGGGAUGCUAAGAUCAACUUUAGCUCAGCAAGGAACACCAGUGUAUUCAGUAGCAUGGGGCCCUGAUUCAGAAAAAGUUCUUUACACAGCAGGCAAGCAGCUGAUCAUUAAACCUCUUCAACCAAAUGCUAAAGUUUUACAGUGGAAGGCUCAUGAUGGCAUUAUUUUAAAAGUAGAUUGGAACGCAGUUAAUGAUCUUAUUUUAUCUGCUGCUGAAGAUUGUAAAUAUAAGGUGUGGGAUAGUUAUGGCCGCCCGCUGUACAAUUCACAGCUUCAUGAGCAUCCUAUUACCUCUGUUGCCUGGGCUCCAGAUGGAGAGUUAUUUGCUGUUGGAUCGUUUCAUACUCUACGCUUGUGUGAUAAAACAGGGUGGUCAUAUGCUUUAGAAAAGCCCAAUACUGGCAGUAUCUUUAAUAUUGCUUGGUCAAUUGAUGGUACUCAAAUCGCUGGAGCCUGUGGAAAUGGGCAUGUUGUUUUUGCACAUGUGGUAGAGCAACGUUGGGAGUGGAAAAACUUUCAAGUUACAUUAACUAAAAGAAGGACUAUGCAGGUUCGUAAUGUUCUUAAUGAUGCAGUGGAUUUACUGGAAUUCCGUGAUAGAGUCAUUAAAGCAUCUUUGAACUAUGCACACUUAGUUGUUUCUACGUCUCUUCAAUGUUAUGUGUUCUCUACGAAGAACUGGAAUACACCUCUUAUAUUUGACCUCAAGGAAGGAACUGUUAGUCUCAUCCUGCAGGCUGAAAGACAUUUUCUUCUUGUAGAUGGCAGUGGUAUCUAUUUAUAUUCUUAUGAAGGGCGCUUUAUUUCUUCUCCAAAAUUUCCUGGAAUGAGAACAGAUAUUCUGAAUGCACAGACUGUGUCUCUGAGUAAUGAUACCAUAGCAAUAAAAGAUAAAGCAGAUGAAAAAGAUACAGGUCCUAGGCAAUUUACUAAAAGUCAAUUUUGCUAUGAGGAACUUGUAACCAGAGCAGACAUUUCACAGGAGCCACAGACCUGUGUCAUCCUUAUACCCAAUCUCCCUAAAGUAGGACAAGAAGGCAGGAAAAAUGAAAUCUUGGAAAUUGCCCUGGAUCAAAAAGGACUUACCAAUGACAGAAAAAUUGCUUUCAUUGAUAAAAAUAGAGAUCUCUAUAUUACCUCAGUUAAACGAUUUGGGAAAGAAGAACAAAUCAUCAAACUUGGUACAAUGGUGCAUACAUUGGCAUGGAGCGAUACAUGCAAUAUUCUUUGUGGACUUCAAGAUACUCGGUUUACAGUGUGGUAUUACCCUAAUACAGUUUAUGUGGACAAAGACAUUUUGUCCAAAACAUUAUAUGAAAGGGAUGCAAGUGAAUUCAGUAAAAACCCUCAUAUUGUGAGUUUUGUUGGAAAUCAGGUAACUGUAAGAAGAGCUGAUGGCUCGUUGGUUCAUAUCAGCAUAUCACCAUAUCCUGCGAUCCUCCAUGAAUAUGUAAGCAGCUCAAAAUGGGAAGAUGCUGUAAGACUUUGUCGCUUUGUUAAGGAACAAACCUUGUGGGCUUGCCUGGCUGCUAUGUCAGUUGCUAACAGAGAUAUGGCUACUGCAGAAAUAGCCUACGCAGCAAUUGGUGAAAUUGAUAAGGUUCAGUACAUUAAUUCUAUAAAAAAUCUUCCAUCUAAAGAAUCAAAAAUGGCCCACAUGCUAAUGUUUAGUGGGAACAUACAGGAGGCUGAGAUAGUACUUCUUCAGGCGGGCCUUGUUUAUCAAGCAAUCCAGAUCAAUAUUAAUCUCUACAACUGGGAAAGGGCCCUUGAAUUGGCUGUAAAAUAUAAAACACAUGUGGAUACUGUUCUUGCUUACCGUCAAAAGUUUUUGGAGACAUUUGGUAAACAGGAAACCAAUAAACGAUACUUGCAAUAUGCAGAAGGUCUCCAAAUAGAUUGGGAGAAAAUCAAAGCUAAAAUUGAGAUGGAAAUGACUAAAGAACGAGAGCGUUCGUCAGCCAACCAGUCCAGCAAGGGGAUAGGUAUAAAGCAUUAA